UAAACAAUACACAAGCAACUAUAUUUUUUUAUACCCUAACAAAGUUUAUUAUGUAUUCCAAUUCGAGCUGGAUCAGCUGCUAUAGAAAACUCUUUGUCUGGAAGAAACUUAGAGUAUUUGUACAGUCUGCUUAAAGCUAGGCACAGGCUCUCUAUGAAGUUUGUCAGGCAGCUCGAUCAUGUUCCGGAUAACUGUUGCUGCCCUGAUCCUGUUCAAAAUGUUGACUGCCUUGUCAAUGGCAUGGGCGCGCAUUGCAGAUAUGACUACAAGUCGCCUGGGCAUACCGGCAGGCUACCAUGUCGAGCCGUUGUUCAGGAAGUUCGCAACCGGAUAUUAUUAUAUACCGGAUGCGGCAUAUGUUACCUGGUUUACUGCACUGCACGAUUGCCACAGCAUUGGCGGUCAUUUAAUAGGCCUGGCCAAAUUGGAAACUCUGCACGAGAUGGGCUUUCAUGUUAGAAAUGCGACACAUACCAAAAACUAUUGGCUGGAUCUCACGGAUCUCGCCCAAAACGGCGACUACGUCUCCAUGUCCAGCGGCAAGAAACCAAAUUAUGUGCAUUGGUGCGACGAUGCGCAACCAAACCAACCAAAUAUCUCGUCAAAUUGCGUUAAUGUCGAGAAUACGAAUGCGUCCAGGCCCUGCAUGAAAUCGGUGCCGUGUCAUUUCUUCAGGAGCUAUAUUUGCCAAGCGCAUACGCCCAGCACCGUUUCCAUAGUUGUUUUCUAAAUAUUUUAUACAUCUUAAGUAAAUGUUUUCCUUAGUUGCCAAGUUUAACUUAACACAAAAGACAAUCAAAUUCUUCUAUUAAAAAUUAAUUAA